AUGGGUGUCGGCCGCAGGAAGCUGGCCCCGCUCUGGGCCCUGGCUCUCACCCUGGCCUGGGCCCAGCACACAGGUGAGGCGCGAGGAAGCUCUGUGGAACAUGGCCACGAGUACCUGGACCUCCUUCCUGUCACCCAGGGGCCCGCUGGCGACCGGCUGCGUGGCGUGACCAUCCUCCCCCCUCUGAGGACGGCGCCGGUGGUUCGAGCCCUGAACCCCGCGCACAACGGGCGGGUGUGCAGCACCUGGGGCGACUUCCACUAUAAGACCUUCGACGGGGACGUCUUCCGCUUCCCGGGCCUGUGCAACUACGUCCUCUCCGCGCACUGCGGGGCCGCCUACGAGGACUUCAACAUCCAGGUCCGCCGCGGCCUGGAGUCCAAUGUCACCACGCUGGCCAGAGUCACCAUGAAGCUGGAUGGCAUGGUCAUCGAGUUGACCAAGAGCUCCAUCCAGGUCAACGGGCUCCCAAUCCAGCUGCCUUUUAGCCAGUCUGGUGUCAUCAUCGAGCACAGCAGCAGCCACCUGAAGGUGGUGGCCAGGCUGGGCCUGGUCUUCAUGUGGAGCCAGGACGACAGUCUCCUGCUGGAGCUGGACGCCAAGUACUCGAACCAGACCUGCGGGCUCUGUGGAGACUUUAACGGUGUGCCUGUCUUCGACGAGUUCCUCUCCCACGGUGUCAAGCUGACCCCCAUCGAGUUCGGGAAUCUGCAGAAGUUGCACGGCCCCACGGAGCAGUGUCAGGACCCUGCACCUGUGCCCCCGCUGACUUGCUCACUGGACACCGGCAUCUGUGAGGAGAUCCUGAGCAGCUGGCCCUUCCGGGGCUGCAACGCCCUGGUGGACGCCAGCAGCUACGUGCAGGCCUGCCGGCAAGACCUCUGCCUGUGCGAGCACGCCGCGCCGACCAGCUGCGUCUGCCAUACGGUCGCCGAGUACUCCCGCCAGUGCGCCCACGCCGGGGGGCGGCCCCUGGACUGGCGCGGCCCCGACCUGUGCCCCCAGACGUGCCCCCUCAACAUGCAGUACCGCGAGUGCGGCUCGCCCUGUGCGGACACCUGCUCCAACCCGGAGCACUCCCAGCUCUGCGAGGACCACUGCAUGGCCGGCUGCUUCUGCCCCGAGGGGACGGUGUUCGACGACAUCGGCCAGACAGGCUGCAUCCCCGCACCCCAGUGCGCCUGCGUGUACAACGGGGCCACCUAUGCUCCGGGGGCUGUCUACUCCACAGACUGUGCCAACUGCACCUGCUCCAGCGGCCGGUGGAGCUGCCAGGAGGUGCCAUGUCCUGGCACCUGCUCAGUGCUGGGGGGCGCCCACUUCUCCACGUUCGAUGAGAGGCAGUACACAGUGCACGGAGACUGCAGCUACGUGUUGGCCAAGCCCUGUGACAGCAGCGCCUUCACUGUGCUGGCGGAGUUGCGCAGGUGCGGCCUGACGGACAGUGAGACUUGCCUGAAGAGCCUGACCUUGAGCCUGGACGGGGGGCACACGGUCAUCGUGGUCAAGGCCAGCGGGGAGGUGUUUGUGAACCAGAUCUACACCCAGAUGCCCGUCUCAGCAGCCAACGUCACGCUCUUCAGACCCUCAACCUUCUUCAUCAUCGCCCAGACCAACCUGGGUCUGCAGCUGGACGUCCAGCUGGUGCCCACCAUGCAGGUGUUCCUGAGGCUGGCGCCCGAGCUCCGCGGGCUGACCUGCGGCCUGUGCGGGAACUUCAACCAGAACCAGGCCGAUGACUUCCGGACCCUCAGCGGCGUGGUGGAGGGCACGGCCGCCGCCUUCGCCAACACCUGGAAGACCCAGGCCGCCUGCCCCAACGUCAAGAACAGCUUCGAGGACCCCUGCUCCCUCAGCGUGGAGAACGAGAAGUACGCUCAGCAUUGGUGCUCCCGACUGAAGGACCCCCACGGCCCCUUCGCCCAGUGCCACGCUGCCGUGAGCCCCGGCACUUACCACUCGAACUGCAUGUUCGACACGUGCAACUGUCAGAAGAGCGAGGACUGUCUGUGUGCGGCCCUGUCCUCCUACGUGCGCGCCUGUGCCGCCAAGGGGGUGCUGCUCAGAGGCUGGAGGGACGGCGUGUGCACGAAGCCCAUGGCCACCUGCCCGAAGUCGCUGACCUACCAGUACCACAUCAGCUCCUGUCAGCCCACCUGCCGGGCCCGGAGUCACGAGGACGUCACCUGCGGCAUCCGCUUUGUCCCCGUGGACGGCUGCGCCUGCCCCCAAGGCACCUUCAUGGACGAAGUGGGCAAGUGUGUGCCGGCCAGCAGCUGUCCCUGCUACCACGAGGGCUCCGUGGUCCCCAACGGGGAGUCGCUGCACGAGCGUGGGGCCAUCUGCACUUGCACGCAAGGCUUGCUGAGCUGCAUCGGAGGCCACACUCCUGCCCCAGUCUGCACCCCGCCCAUGGUCUACGUCGACUGUCGCAAUGCCACGCCGGGGGCCGCCGGGGCCGGCUGUCAGAAGAGCUGCCUCACCUUGGACAUGGAGUGUUACAGCCCCCGGUGCGAGCCCGGCUGCGUGUGCCCCGACGGGCUGGUGGCCGACGGUGAAGGCGGCUGUGUCGCCGUGGAGGACUGUCCCUGCGUGCACGACGAGGCCAGCUACCUGCCCGGCCAGACCAUCCGGGUGGGCUGCAACACUUGCACCUGUAAAAGCAGGAUGUGGCAGUGCACACGUGAGCCCUGCCUGGCCACCUGCACGGUGUAUGGGGACGGCCACUACAUCACCUUCGAUGGGCGGAGCUACAGCUUCAGCGGCGACUGCGCGUACACACUGCUUCAGGACCACUGUGGUGGGAACAGCACCGCCAACGGGACCUUCCGAGUCGUCACGGAGAACGUCCCCUGCGGGACCACGGGCGUCACCUGCUCCAAGGACCUCAAGCUCUUCCUGGGGAGCUACGAGCUGAAGCUGAGUGGCGGCAAAGUGGAGGUGAUCCAGAAGGGCGUGGGGCAGGAGGCCCCCUACUCCAUCCGCCAGAUGGGCAUCUACCUGGUGGUGGACACCGAGGUCGGCCUGGUGCUGCUGUGGGACAGGAAGACCAGCAUCUUCCUCAAACUCAGCCCCGAGUUCAAGGGCCGGGUCUGCGGGCUGUGCGGGAACUUUGACGACAACGCCGUCAAUGACUUCACCACGCGGAGCCAGUCCGUGGUGGGCAACGCCCUGGAGUUUGGCAACAGCUGGAAAUUCUCCCCGUCCUGCGCCGACGCCCCGGCCCCCAGGGACGCCUGCGCCGCCAACCCGCACCGCAGGUCCUGGGCCCAGAAGCAGUGCAGUGUCCUCAACAGCGCCACCUUCGCCGCCUGCCACGCCCACGUGGAGCCCGCCAAGUACUAUGAGGCCUGCGUGGGCGAUGCGUGUGCCUGUGACUCCGGGGGCGACUGUGAGUGUCUCUGCACGGCCGUGGCUGCCUACGCCCAGGCCUGCCACGACGUGGGCGUGUGCGUGUCCUGGCGGACCCCGGACAUCUGCCCCUUGUUCUGCGACUACUACAACCGCGAGGGCCAGUGCGAGUGGCACUACCAGCCGUGCGGCCCGCCCUGCAUGAGGACCUGCCGGAACCCGAGCGGCCGCUGCCUGACCGACCUGCCGGGCCUGGAAGGCUGCUACCCCAAGUGCCCGCCAGAAGCCCCCAUCUUCGACGAGGACCAGAUGCAGUGUGUGGCCACGUGCCCCACGCCCCCGCCACCGCCGCCCUGCCGCGUCCAAGGCAAGUCAUACCGGCCGGGGGAGACGGUGCCGUCUGACAGGAACUGCCAGUCCUGCGUCUGCAGCGAGAGUGGGGUGCAGUGCGCCUACGACACAGAGGCCUGUGUCUGCACCUAUGACGGGCGGCGCUUCCGCCCGGGGGACGUCAUCUACCACACGACCGACGGCACGGGGGGCUGCAUCUCCGCCCGCUGCUCGGCCAAUGGCACCAUCGACAGGAGGGUCUACCCCUGCAGCCCCACCACCCCCACGCCACCAACCACCUUCUCCUUCUCCACACCCCCGCUCGUCGUGAGCUCAACACGUCCGGCCCACACGUGCCACAGCCCUGCCAAGAGCACGGUGCGGCCCAGCACUCGGAGCGGUGCCCCGUCCUCCACCCCGGGCACGACCUCUGGUCCUCCGACGAGCCCUCCCUGGUCCCGCCAGGCCUGUGGGGAAGAUUGCCGGUGGUCACCGUGGCUGGACGUCAGUCACCCAGGACGGGGCAUCGACAGCGGUGACUUCGACACACUGGAGAACCUCCUUGCCCACGGGCACCAGGUCUGCCUGACGCCGAAGAGGGUGGAGUGUCGGGCUGAGGACGCCCCCGAGGUGCCGAUCCAGGUCCUGGGGCAGCACGUGGAGUGCAGCCCAGCGCAGGGGCUGACCUGUUACAACCGCAAGCAGGCUUCGGGGCUCUGCCACAACUACCAGAUCAGGGUCCAGUGCUGCUUCCCCCGUACCUGCCCUACCUCUGGCGGGACCACUACAACCACCCCGAGUACCUCUACUCCUGUCCCAGGGACCACUACAACCACCCCGAGUACCUCUACACCUGUCCCAGGGACCACUACAACCACCCCGAGUACGUCUACACCUGUCCCAGGGACCACUACAACCACCCCAAGUACCCCUACACCUACCCCAAGUACCCCUACACCUGUCCCAGGGACCACUACAACCACCCCGAGUACCUCUACACCUGUCCCAGGGACCACUACAACCACCCUGAGUACCUCUACUCCUGUCCCAGGGACCACUACAACCACCCCGAUUUCAACGACACCUGAACCUUGUUUACAAAAGUUGUGCAACUGGACCCAAUGGUUCGACAGCAGCUACCCUGGUCCUGGCAUAAACGGUGGAGAUUUCGACACUUUUCAUGACUUGAGAGUCAAAGGACAUAAAUUCUGUGAAAAGCCCAGCAACGUGGAGUGUAGGGCACAGUUCUUCCCAAACAUCCCACUGGAGGAGCUGGGGCAGGACUUGAUCUGUGACAAGAGCCUUGGGCUGUUAUGCCUCAACAGGAACCAGUUGCCGCCGAUCUGUUAUAACUACGAAAUCCGGAUCGAGUGCUGCGAGCUGGUGGAUGUGUGCAGAAGCACCACACACCCUGUGAUGUCUGAGACCACGUAUUCCACCCGAGAGGAACCCGGGACCCAGACACAGCUUACCUGGACCACCGGAAUCCUCUCGUCUCCCACACGGCACAGCACCGCCAGUUCCGUGCACGCGUACCCCACAACCAGCAUCACAACCGGCACACACUCAGUCUCCCCAGCCGUGACCAUCCCCUGCCAGCCACAGUGCACGUGGACCAAGUGGUUCGACGUGGACUUCCCGUCCCCUGGGCCCCACGGAGGAGAUGCGGAAACCUUCGGCAACAUCGUCAGAAGGAGAGAGAAAAUCUGUCGCCGGCCUGAGUACAUCACGCGGCUGGAGUGCCGGGCCGAGAGCCACCCCGAGGUCAGCAUCGAGACGCUGGGCCAGGUGGUAGAGUGCAACAUCAGCAAGGGCCUGGUGUGCCGGAACCGGGACCAGGGUGGUGACAUCGGGAUGUGCCUCAACUACGAGGUGCGCGUGCUGUGCUGUGAGCCCCCGGAGCACUGCUCUACCCACAAAACUGACAGAACCAGCCCAACCUCAGUGACAGAGACCAGCUCAACCUCGGUGACAGAGACCAGCUCAACCUCGCCCUCGUCCCCUCCAGAACCGACCUCCGUGGUGUCCACCACGACAUGUUACUGCAGCGUGUCUGACAAGCUCUACCGCGCAGGAUCCAUCAUUUACAACCGGACCGACCUCGACGGCCACUGCUAUUAUGCCACGUGCAGCCUGGACUGCCACGUGGUCAGGACGCACUACACCUGUGCCAGCGGCACAACACCUCCCGUCCCGACCACCUCCCCGGCCGGGUCCUCCCCUUCAGCCUCCGCGCCCGUCACCGCGCAGGGGUGCCCAAACGCGGUCCCCCCAAGAAGGAAAGGCGAGACCUGGGCCAUGCCCAACUGCUCUCAGGCCACCUGCGAGGGCAACGGCGUCAUCACCCUGCAGCCGCGGCCGUGCCCGCAGGUGCAGCGGCCGACGUGCGCCAACGGCUACCCGCCCGUGAAGGUGGUCGACCCCGACAGCUGCUGCCCGCACUACCGGUGCCAGUGUGUGUGCAGCGGCUGGGGCGACCCCCACUACAUCACCUUCGACGGCACCUACUACACAUUCCUGGACAACUGCACGUACGUGCUGGUGCAGCAGAUCCUACCCGUGUACGGCCACUUCCGCGUGCUCAUCGACAACUACUUCUGCGGGGCGGAGGACGGGCUCUCCUGCCCGCAGUCCAUCAUCGUCGAGUACCGGCAGGACCGCGUCGUGCUGACCCGCAAGCCCGUGCUCGGGGUGAUGACCAACGAGAUCAUCUUCAACGACAAAGUGGUCAAGCCCGGCUUCCAGAAGGACGGCGUGAGCGUCUCCCAGAUCGGCAUCAAGAUGUACCUGACCAUCCCCGAGCUCGGCGUCCAGGUCAUGUUCUCCGGCCUCAUCUUCUCGGUGGAGCUGCCUUUCAGCAAGUUCGCCAACAACACCGAGGGGCAGUGCGGCACCUGCACCAAUGACAAGAAGGAUGAGUGCCGUCUCCCCGGGGGCACCGUGGUGCCCUCCUGCUCUGAUAUGUCCGGCCACUGGAAGGUGACGACGCCCCACCAGCCGCCCUGCCAUGGGCCACCCCCGAAGCCCACUGCAGUCGGGCCCACGCCCUCGCCCGCCCCCUGCCUGCCUUCACCGAUCUGCCAGCUGAUUCUGAGCGAGGUCUUCGAGCUGUGCCACCCUCUGAUCCCCCCGCUGGCAUUCUACCAAGGCUGCACCUUCGACCACUGCCACCUGAACGACUCCAACGUGCUGUGCUCUAGCCUGGAGCUGUAUGCGUCCCUCUGCGCCUCCCGAGGCAUAUGCAUCGACUGGAGGCACCACACCAACCACACGUGCUCGUUCACCUGCCCUGCUGACAAGGUGUACCUGCCGUGUGGCCCGUCCAAGCCCUCAUACUGCUAUGGGAGUGACAACACCAGCCUCGUGGCUCUUGUGGACACUGUCCCCAUCACAGAAGGCUGCUUCUGUCCAGAGAACAUGACGCGUUUCAGCAUGAGCUCUCCAGUCUGCGUGCCUGCGGACUGCCACAGGUGCCUGGGCCCCCACGGGGAGGCUGUGGAGCCCGGCCACACCAUCAGCGUGGACUGCCAGCAGUGCACCUGUGAGAGCAGCACGCUGACAAUGAGCUGUCACAGGCAGCCCUGCCCCCUGCCCCCAGCCUGCCCCCUGCCCGGCUUCGUGCCUGUGCCUGCAGCCCCGCAGGCCGGCCAGUGCUGCCCCCAGUACAACUGCGCCUGUGACACCAGCUACUGCCCCGAGCCCGUGGCCUGUCCCGAGGGCUCCCACCCGGUCGUGACCUAUACGGAGGGGGCCUGCUGCCCCAGCCAGAACUGCAGCUGGGACGUCUGCAGCGUUAACGGCACCUUGUACCAGCCCGGCUCCGUGGUCUCCUCCAGUCUGUGCGAAACGUGCAGGUGUGAGGUGUCCAGCAGUCCCCAGUUGGACACGGUCGUCAUCAGCUGUGAGACCCAGAUUUGCAACACCCACUGCCCCGCGGGCUUCGAGUAUCAGGAGCAGAGUGGGCAGUGCUGUGGCCUGUGUGUGCAGCAGGCCUGUGUCGUGAACGCCAGUGACAGUUCCACCCGCAUCUUCUACCCCGGCCAGUCCUGGCCAGACCCCACGAACCCGUGUGUGACCCACGAGUGUGAGAAGCACCGGGAUGGGCUCGUGGUGGUGACCAGAAAGAAGGCGUGUCCCCCACUCAACUGCCCUGCGGCCCAGGCCCAGCUGAGCGAGGACGGCUGCUGUCUCGCCUGUCCCCCGCCCCAACCUCGGAACCAGUCGGCCUGUGCGGUAUACUACAAGCGUGAGGUCAUCGUGCAUGGAGAUUGCAGGUCCCCGCGGCCCAUGAGGGUGGCCUACUGCCAGGGCAACUGCGGGGACAGCAGUGCCAAGUACUCGCUGGAGGCCAACACCAUAGAGCGGAACUGCAGCUGCUGCAGGGAGCUGCGGGUGUCGCCGACGACAGUGACCCUGCGCUGCAAGGACGGCUCCAGCCGAACCUUCGGCUACACCCUGGUGAAGGAGUGCGGCUGUGUGGGGCAGCAGUGCGGCCCCCGUGACAACCUAAGCCAUUCGAAGGAGUCGGGGCCCUUGCAGAGUGACGAGGAGCAGAGCCAGGAGACGGGGCACACGGGCUGGAGGAGGGGGUCCAGCAGCCCUCGGAGCUCCCGGCCACCUCCCUCCGGGACCCAGCGAUAAGGGUCCCGUUCCCCGUAGCCCCAGCUCCAAGGCCGGUGGGACCUCGGUCCAGGCGGCCCGAGAUCAGGAUGCACUGCCCGCCCCGCUCUUCCGUCCGCAGGGUCCACGGCCCUUGGAAGUGUGACGGCCCUGAGGGACCUGGGCGGGCGGGGCUCCUCUGGCCACGGGUCCAGUCUGCUUUUCCCCGGACGGAAGCAUCACGGAAGGGUCUUAUCAAUGACGGCCACUUGGAUGUGGUGCCCGGCCAUUCGGCUGGCCACCGGGAGGCAGAGCCUCACCCCUACCUCGGCCCUGGGCCUCGGGAAAUGGCCAACUCGUUUCAUAAAUACAUCUGGAGCAUUUUGCACCUUGCA